AUGGAUCGAGGUAAAGCAUCGCCUAUCCUGGCGCCUCGUCAUGACGCCGCGAGCCGUGUUGGAAAGCCCGAGUCGGCAGCAGAGAAGCUCGCAUCGUUGAAAGCCCGAGUUGCAGCAGCUGUGGGCAGUAGCAAAGCAAAGGCCGGGACGAAUCUUGGUCCAGCACCCGUCACAACCUCUGCACGAGGUGGCUUGAAUGUCGAUCUACAUCCUGCUCUGCAAGAUAUUGGACAGUUUCAGUUCAAGCCUUCUUCAAAGACGGUCGCGCCGAAGUUUGCAACCAGCAUUGGAAAUGCCCGACCUCAACCUGAAAAGCCUGCUCCCAAGAGCAAGAAGCAACUCGAUUUGUCUGGACCUUCGGCAGAGGAAACGCGGAACAAUCCAUAUUUCGACAUCAGCCUUGGAGGUCAAACGGCUACACUUAAGAACAGACACUCCAGGCAGCUGAUUUUCAAUCAAAAGGGCAAAUACAUCCAGCAAGCCAAUGCGUUACGAAGACAAGCCGCCCUCGAGGCAAUGAAAAAGAAAAUCGCCGAGUCAUCACGAAAGAUAGGCAUUGAUGAAGACCUGGACACUGAGAAGAAUUACCUCGUUGAAGCACCUCCAAAUAUUGAAUGGUGGGAUGAAGGCUUGGUAGACGGCAAGAAUUACAAUACCAUUGACAAUCCAAAGACUCUUAAAAUCGACACCCCCGACUCCAUAAUCACCGAAUACGUUCAGCAUCCGGUCCUGCUAGAACCACCCCAGGAAAAGAAUAUGCCUGCGCCGAAACCCAUGUUCCUCACAUCUAAAGAACAAGCAAAACUACGACGUCAACGUCGCAUGGCAGAGUUAAAAGAACAACAAGCCAAGAUUCGUCUAGGUCUCGAGCCUGCACCUCCACCCAAAGUGAAGAAAGGAAAUCUGAUGCGAGUACUGGGCGAGGAGGCCGUGAAAGACCCUACAGCUGUCGAGGCACGAGUGAAUCGCGAAAUUGAGGCACGUCAUCAGACUCAUGUGGAAAUGAAUGAAGAGAGAAAGCUCACCAAGGAGCAACGACAUGAGAAGCUAGCUUUAAAUCAGGAAAAGGAUGCCGCCAAAGGUAUACGUCUUAUGGUAUUCAAGAUUGAUAAUCUGGCAAAUGGCAGUCAUCGAUUCAAGAUUGCAAAAAAUGCGGAGCAGAUGGCUCUAACUGGAAUUUGCAUCAUGCACCCAAGGUUCAAUCUCGUUAUUGUAGAAGGUGGCGAGCAUAGCAUAAGACAGUACCGGAAGCUCAUGCUGCAACGAAUUGAUUGGACAGAGAACUCUCCCACGCGAAUCAAGGAGGGCACCAAGGCGGAAGCUUUGCAAGACUGGCUGAAGGCGGAAGAUGAAAAGGGAGAGCUCAAGGAUAUGACCUUGAACAAAUGUGUACUGAUAUUUGAGGGCGAGGAGAAAGCCAGGGCUUUCAGAAAGUGGGGAAGCAAGGUAUGCGAGACGGAUAGUGCUGCUAGAGACGCACUUCAACGAGCAAAGAUGGAAAAUUUCUGGGCUCUGGCAAAGAGCAUGAAGUAG